AUGACGAAGAAGAAACCUCUCCCGAAUCUGUCCAAGGAGGAGAAAAUGGUGAUGGUGAUAUCUGAAAUAAUCCAAGAAUUACUUGUUGCACACCGACAAGGGAAAGAUGUUAAUCUGAAUAAGAUGAAGACGAGGAUUUCGUCCAAAUAUGGCCUUGGCACUUCACCGAGACUUGUGGACAUUAUUGCUGCUGUGCCGGCAGAUGCUAAAAACAUACUUCUGCCCAAGCUGAAGGCGAAACCGAUUCGUACAGCAUCUGGAAUAGCGGUGGUGGCCGUGAUGUGUAAGCCUCACAGGUGUCCGCAUAUAAACUUCACCGGGAAUAUCUGCGUAUAUUGUCCCGGUGGACCUGACUCUGAUUUCGAGUACUCCACUCAAAGUUACACCGGUUAUGAGCCUACUUCCAUGAGAGCAAUAAGGGCGAGAUACAAUCCGUACUUGCAAACACGUCAUAGAGUGGAACAGUUAAAACAGCUGGGGCAUAGUGUUGAUAAGGUAGAAUUUAUUGUCAUGGGGGGCACAUUUAUGAGUCUUCCUGAGGAUUAUAGAGACUACUUUAUAAGAAAUCUCCAUGAUGCUUUAUCUGGUCAUACAUCAAGUUGUGUAGCGGAAGCCGUAAAAUACUCAGAGAGAGCAAAGACGAAGUGUAUAGGUAUCACAAUUGAGACAAGACCAGACUACUGCCUACAGAGACACAUGAGUGAUAUGCUCAAUUAUGGAUGCACAAGAUUAGAAAUUGGUGUACAAUCAGUCUAUGAGGAUAUCGCCCGUGACACAAACAGAGGUCAUACUGUUAAAGCGGUGUGUGAAAACUUUAAUUUGGCUAAAGAUGCUGGAUUUAAGAUUGUUGCCCACAUGAUGCCAGAUCUCCCAAAUGUUGAUUUUGAGCGGGAUGUUGAACAGUUCAUGGAAUUUUUUGAAAACCCUGCAUUUAGGGCUGAUGGUUUAAAAAUCUACCCAACUUUAGUUAUAAGAGGCACGGGACUGUAUGAGUUAUGGAAGACUGGCAGAUACAGAAGCUACCCACCAUCAACAUUGGUUGAUUUAAUUGCAAAAAUCUUGGCUCUUGUACCACCAUGGACAAGAGUGUACAGAGUGCAGCGUGAUAUACCAAUGCCUUUAGUUUCAUCGGGAGUAGAACAUGGCAAUCUGAGGGAGUUAGCUUUGGCCCGAAUGGCUGACUUGGGCACAGAUUGUAGGGAUGUCCGCACUAGAGAAGUGGGUAUUCAAGAGAUUCACAAUAAAGUGAGACCUUAUCAGAUAGAAUUAAUAAGACGUGACUAUGUGGCUAAUGGCGGUUGGGAGACUUUCCUGUCGUACGAAGAUCCGGACCAAGACAUCCUUGUUGGUCUGCUAAGAUUGAGGAAGUGCGCAAAAGACACUUACCGUCCCGAGCUAAAACCGGGCCCCAACGCCAACUUUAAACAGUGCAGCAUUGUGAGAGAGCUUCAUGUCUAUGGAUCUGUUGUGCCGGUGAACGCGCGCGAUCCCACAAAAUUCCAGCACCAGGGCUUCGGUAUGCUGCUGAUGGAGGAGGCCGAGAGGAUCGCCCGCGAGGAGCACGGCUCUGACAAAAUGGCGGUCAUCUCGGGAGUGGGAACCAGGAAUUACUACGCGAAGAUCGGCUACCACCUCGAGGGGCCGUACAUGGUCAAGAUGAUUGCACCUGAUCCUCCCCUAUCCAUCAAUCCGACAGAGCUCUAUCACAAACACGUAGGCAUGUUACCGAACUAUGCGGGUCACGUGCCUGGCUGUAUAUUCAGGUUCGGCAAAACAUACGGCAAUGACACGCGCGACGCUAAAAGGUGGCUACGCGGUGAUUUCACAUCU